CUAGUACACAGGUCACAAGUCUAGGAUUGAUCAUAUACAGCAGUACACAGCCUUAUUGCAGCGCAUGGUGGGCGCAAACAGUGAUCGUCGCACCCCUUUUUCGGGUGAGCUCUUCGAGUCUUAUCUAUCGACUGCUCUCUUGCUUUCUCUCCCCACAAAUCACUCCUCCAACUCACAAUGUCUACCUUGCAAAAUGCCCCAGCUGGUACACGUCGGGCAUACCCCUUUCGCCCUCCCAGAGUAACAGAGUCCUCACAACCUGACACCUCCUUCAUCCUCAAAGAUCUUGCAGACAAGCCCAUUGCUUCAUACUCGUGGAUCGAGGCUGCAACGCCAACGAUCGCCGUCCCUGGUUCUCCCAGAGUCUGGUUCACAGGCCCCAAGCGCGUCCCUGCUGACUCUGGAACACGCUUUAUAGACCAAAAUGCAUUCUACAUGCGAAAAAUUUUUGAUUACAAGCAGUUCGACUUCAUCACGGACCGCAACAACCUUCGUAAACUUCUCCGCUGGGCCAGUGGCUCAUCGGAUGAGAAUGACUUCCGCAUCGAUAUCGAUGUAGCAGGCUCGACGUGCUUGUUCACGCGCCUUGAGGCACAGAACACGGACACCGUGCAAGGCUUUAUGGGGUAUGGACAUGAGUAUGAGAAAGCGGCCACGAGAGUCACUCGCGGCUGCGAGAGAGCUACUGGACAUCAUCGCAUGAUUUCCAUCGACAUCGGUGGACUGAAGAUUCUACUUCGUUUCACGAUUGAGGCAUGCACGUCUUCUACCAAUGACACGAACGACGAGGACGACCUCCUAGCAGCCUUCUCAGGCCUGGGUAUUGGCGGAGCGUCUGCCUCCAGAACCCGGGACACUAAGAAGCCUCAAGCCACGGUGCCAACCGUCCGUGGCGUAUCCAUCACCCAAACAACUCCACGCAAAGUCGUCCCGCAAGCCUCUCUCAUCGAGCUCAAGACACGCGCUGCCCACCGAGAGAUCGACUGGGCAGAAAUUUAUCCACAGCUCUAUCUUUCUCAGACAGCAUUCUUGUAUAUCGCGAAGCACGAACGCGGCAACUUCAACACCCUGGAGAAAGUAGAGCUUGGCUCGGUGAGCAUGCAGACACAUGCCCGCCGUGCUGAGCAGGGUGUCGCGAAGAAGAUGUGGGGGGUAGGCUUGAGUUUGGUGUCAAAGGAUGGCAAGUUGGCAUUGUACAAGCGCCAUGAGGGGACUGGAAAAGGGCCGGGAAAAGACAUCACAAACAAAUUCAAUUGAUGUGGGAUUACUAUCCUGGUAAGUAAGUAGUAUCGAGGCACGCUUUGACAACUCGCGGUGUAGGAUAUAGCUGGAGCGAUGUUUGGGUAUUGUGAUCGAAUUUGAAAAACGUCUUUCUUGCUGUACACAGGAU